UGAGAUUGAGUCAUGAGUGUGUAGUGUGUGUGUACUGGUAGUGCGUAAUAUAGUGUUUGUGUAGGUAGUGGAAUACUAAUUUUAUUUUUUGGUACUUUAACUACUACUCAGUAUACUACGUAGUUUUAUAUUCGUCUUCUAGCUAGUUGCUUAGUUAAUAGUUAGUCACGUUUGGUCAAUUGAUGUUGUAUAGCAUGACUAAGAUCCAGAAAAAAUCUACUUUACAAGAAUCUUAAUCAUGAGAGUCACGGAAGAAGAGAGCGACAGUAAAACUAUUUACUGUGGUAAUUUGUCAGAAGAAGUAACAGAUGAAAUUCUGUAUGAAUUGUUUAAUCAGGCUGGUCCUGUGGAAAGUGUGCGAAGGCCCAAAGAUCAAAAUGGACGACCCAAAUCAUUUGCAUUUAUACUCUACAAACAUGAGUGCUCAGUACCUUAUGCCAUAGAAUUAUUCAGGUUUACUAAAUUAUUUAAUAGGAAUUUGAACUUAAAUAGUCGCAGCAGUCUUAAACAUACUCCCAUUCUUGAUACACAUCUCUCAGAAUUUAUUGUACCUCCCAUUCCUGGAAAUUAUGGAUCAGAGAGUUUUUAUGAAAGUAAUUCAAUAAAUCGCAAAGAACAAGAUAUUAGAAACCACUGGAAUGGAGAAAGAGGUAACAGAUUUGAACGGAAACAUCGAAGAGAAGGGAAUUAUAGAAGGGACGAUAAUGGCAAGCACAAUAAAGGUAGAGAUCCAGAUGAACCAAAAUCAUGGGCAGAACUCAAUGCUUUGAAAGGUAAAGGAUCAUUACCAAAUGGUCACCACAGGAGUGACUUACAAGGCAAUUUAAAAUGUGAAUCCAGUUCAAGAAGCGAACAUCCUGCAAUGCCGGAUUAUAAUACCUUAUUGCAGAUGGGACAACAAAUGAUGUUACCUGGCAUGAUGGGACUGCCUGGAAUGAUGAACAUGAUUUCCCCGAUGGGGUUGGGUCCUAUUCUGGGUGGUAACAAUAUGUUUCCUAGCAUGCUAGGAAAUAUGAACGGAGGUGAACAGAGUUAUAAUGAUAGGAGUAGAGGGAAAAGAGACCUUCAACGUGAUGGAAGAGGUGCAAGAGAUCAUCCCUACAAUGAGAGACACCACAGAGAUUAUCGGGAUGAUCACAGACGACAUGAUCGGGGGUAUUCUUCAACACGUUCAUCACAUGACAGAGAGAGACGGGAUAGAAGAAGUCGCUGACAGUGAUGUAUUAAGGAAAUGAAUAAUGUUAAUUUGGACUAACAAAAAAUACAUAAUAUAUAGUUUUAAGAAAUUAAGUUAAGUUGGAUUAUAGUUCUAAAUUUUAAUGAAUUCAAUAUUACAUAUUAUUAGCAAGUGUGAAGGGCAAUAUUUUUUACAUAUCUGUAAGUAUUUGAGGUGUAUAUUUAUCGUUCUUAGUUUUACUUUCAUAAACGCCAUAGAAUCAUUUAUAGCCAAUUGAAAAAUAUAGGCUCAUGCAUUAUAGACAACUCUUCUUUGUAAUAUUAGAUAAUUCAUCAUAAAUGGUUUUUUUUCCAAACACAACAAAUUAAAUUUAUUUUUUAACCAUUACAUCAAAGUAAAUAUAAUUGAUUGCAUUUGAGGUUUUGGUUAAAAAAAUCCAUUCUGGCAACACUUGUUGUGGUUUGAGUAUAUAAAGUUGCAUGUUCACUGUUUGUAGGGAAAUCAUUUUUGUCUAGACAAUAUCUUUUCACCAUUUUUAAUACUUAAAUAUCACUGGUUUCAAGAGUGUAUAGUGUUAUUUUUUAUUUUUGUUUAACAUUAAACAUUAAAAUAUCUGAUAGCAAACAGCCCUCAUUUUAUUUUGCACACAUGUUUUAGACAUUAAAUCAACUUAUUUUGGAAUAUUCAAUUUUUUAUUAAGGAUUAAUAAAACUUCAAGAUCUGUUUAAAGAGUAGCCUCAAUUUUCAAUAGCUUAAGAAGUUAAGGGAGAAAAGGAAUGGUUGCUAUAUAUCUCUAUGGCUACUCAUUGGUUUACUAUAGACAAUCCAAAUACAGUUAACAAUUGAUAUCACUUAAUAUUAUCUUUUUUGGAACCAAAUAUUCUUACCAUAUUCUUACCAAAAAUAUUUAAUUCCAAUGCAGACAAAAAUAUUGUGGUCUCAAUUUAAACCACCCUUAGCCUAAAAGUUUUAUAUACAUAACUGCAUAAAUUAUGAGGUACAAAAAAAUCACCUAUUAACUGAAAUUGUUUUCUGCCGAGCAGGAGACAUCUGCACACAGAGGCUGCAGACGCGUGGUGACACAAGUAUGUAUACAUAGGAAACAGGACUGCAAAUUACAUUUUAUUUUCAAAACUAUAAUUUGUUAGUCCGAUUACAUACCUCCGGUUUUUUAAUACAUAAAGUACAAUAUAAACAUGUUUUAGUGAUUGGUAAUUUGUGUAUUACCGAUCAGAUGUCUGCAAAUAAAAUUGUGAUGAUGCUGAAUAUAAACAUAGAAAUUAAAAACAAAUCAAUGUAGUAUUUAUAAAUCAACAUGUAUUUAGUCAUCUAACUACUACUCCUUUCCAUAUACAAAGUAGCCUACAGCAAAAGCAUGUUUUGGAGAUGUGAUUUGCUUAUGCCGUCCAGCUGUCGUUUGCUCUUGGCUUUAGAACCGAAUGAAAAGAGCCACAGUAUUGGAAUCAACCCACCCCUGGUUUAUUUUCCAUGUGCAAAAGACUGUCCAGUGUUAAUAAUUAAAUUGCAAUUUUGUAUGAGAACAAAUAUAUUUUUUGUUUAAAUUUAUUUGGUUCUGUACAGAUUUGGAAAAUAUUUUAAAAUGAUACAGUCUGAAGUUAAACAAUUAAUUAUUUAUGGGUUAAUCAUGGUCAAUCGCAAAUUAUAUGAAUAAAUUGUUUUUAAUUAUUGACUGAAAUUGAGAAGAAACCAUAUUAAAUUAAACUUUUAAAUUAGUUGUCAAUUUAGAGUGAAAAUAACACAGGCAUUGAUUGAUUUAUUAAUCUUUGCUCAUAUGUAUUUUAACAAAUUAGUCUGAUCUUGUUAUGUAUUAUAAAACGAAUGUCCUGCACUGCACAAUUCUAUACAUUUUAAGAAUGUUUUCUAAAUACUUAAAUAUUAUAUUUCUAAAAUUAUUUUCUUGCCUUUUAUCCAUAAGAAGCUAACUACCAUGUUUGUAAUUAGUACAACUUGAUAAAUAAUUAUAUUUUCACAAUAAUAUGUGAUUUUCUAAAUAUUUACAAAUUUAAAACACAUUGCACUGAAAAUAUACAAACACUACAUGCAGUAGAUUGAGGAAUGUAGAAAUAAAUAUAGCCUAUGGAAAACAAAUGUGUUACUACAAGUCUAUGAGUAAAAACACUUGAGACCAUCAUGCCUAACACUGGAUCACAUUAAGCUUUAGCAAUGGUGAGAUGACCUGUACUACUGAUUGAGUUUAUCCUUUAGAGUUCGCAAAUUUCAUUGAAUAAGUAGGUUUAUAUGUUUCAGCCAUGAUGUAUAACUCUAAUGGUAGAAGUCCUAGAAGAACUUCAAGUGCAGUUAUGGGGCUUCUCCUAAAGCCUUCUGUAACUUACUGUCUUAUAGACAAAAUAAUGAUUUUUAUAAUUUAACGUAUGAUUGCUGUUAUUGUAGUAAUGUUUCCAAAGUUGUAACCAUAUGGCUUGAAUAAAUGAUUGAUACACUGUUUUCUAUACUAA